AUGCUUUGCUGCGGCUACCCGGCAUUCUUCGCCGAGAACGAAGAAGAGCUCUUCGAACGUAUCCUCGGGAACCUCAGCUCAGCUUUAGACCCCGUGCUUAGCGUUUCGGUUGCGGGUGGGCAUGUUCUGUGGGGCAGCUACGCGUUCCUGCCUGAGGACUGGAAGCAGGUUUCGGACCAGGCAAAGGACUUGAUCCGCGCGCUCAUGACCCGGAAUCCGAGUCGGAGAUGCACUGCGGAGCAGGCUCUGAACAACCACUGGAUCAACGAGCAUUCUUCUACGGGAGACCAUGCGCUGAAUGCAGAAACAGUGGACAACCUCAGGAGUUACUGCCGCGCCAAUGUCAUCAAGAAGUUGGCCCUGCAGGUCAUCGCGAUGCACAUCGGCGAGGACAGCAUCGAGCGCCAAAGGAAUCAGUUCACCUCGCUGGAUUUCAACAACAAUGGUGUCAUAAGCUUGGUGGAGAUGAGUGUGGGCCUCGAAGAAGCUCCGUCCGAGGUGCAGGGCAUCUUUGCCGGCAUCGACUUCAACGGGAGCGGGUACAUCGAGUACACGGAGUUUUUGGCUGCCGCCUUGGACAAGAGGCAGUACCUUGAGGACAAAAUGCUCGCCUACGCGUUCCAGUUCUUCGACAGGGAUGGGGAGGGUGUAACGUGGGAGGUGUUUAGUCACCCUGUCCCCGGCAAGUCGGAAGCUGGGACUUCCUGGUCCUGA